AUGAAAGAAUAUGAAAAAGAUAUAAGAUUUGAGAAAACAAGUUACAACUCGUCCUACGUGUUCCGCCCUCAAGUUCACACGCCCAUUCGCCCGCUAGUCCGCACGCCCAUCCGCCCUCAAGUCCGCGCGCCCACCCGCCCUCAAGUCCGCCCGCCCACCCGCCCUCAAGUCCACCAGCCCACCCACCCGCAAGCCCACACGCCCACUCGCCCUCAAGUCCACCCGCCCACUCGCCCUCAAGUCCGCACGCCUACCUGCCCUCAAAUCCGCCCGCAAGUCCACCCGCCCUCAAGUCCGCCCGCCCACCCGCCCCCAAAUCCGCCCACCUGCCCUCAAAUCCGCCCGCAAACCCGCAAGUUCACCCGCCCGCAAAUCCGCCCGCCCAUCCGCCCACACGCCCACCUGCCCUCCCGGAUUAAGAUUUUGCAGGAUUCUGAGUCAGAUUCUCUAGACGCCGCGAGGGCUUUGCGGUCCUUUUGCUGUCAGAAGUUAUGUCGGGUCAUGGUGCUGUCAUGCAACGCCGCAGUGGAGAGCGUGACAUGA